AUGUCAUCAUCGUCAUCCGAUGAAGUUGAAGAAAGAUUGGACGAAAUUAUCGACGAUAUCAUAGAUGAAACCUACAUCAACAUUUUGGAAGACCAACCCUCUAAGCCGAAGAAACGCGCUUAUAUAGAACGAGACCGUGAAAUCGGACACAACCGAUUAUGGAAUGAUUACUUCAGUGAAGAUGCGACAUUUCCGCCGUAUUUAUUCAGACGCCGUUUUCGUAUGAACAAAGAAUUAUUCUUGCGUAUUGUCCAUCGCCUCUCAGAACACGUUCCAUUCUUUCAACAAAGAAGAGAUGCAACGGGGAGGUUUGGUCUUUCACCACUACAAAAAUGUACAACCGCCAUUUGUCUCCUUGCUUAUGGUUCUGCAGCUGACGCGGUUGAUGAAUAUCUCAGAGUUGGUGAAAGCACGUCAAUUUCGUGUUUAAAGAAUUUUAAUGAAGGAAUAAUUCAGUUAUUUGGUAAUGAGUAUCUACGAAGACCGACAGAAGAGGAUCUUCAGCGACUACUCCAUAUUGGAGAGAUACGCGGGUUUCCGGGGAUGGUAGGAAGCAUCGACUGUAUGCAUUGGAGGUGGAAAAAUUGCCCAACGGCUUGGAAAGGACAGUACACCCGGGGAUCAACAAAACCGUCAAUUGUGUUAGAGGCAGUAGCUUCACAAGAUCUUUGGAUAUGGCACGCUUUCUUCGGUCUACCAGGUACCUUAAACGAUAUUAAUGUCCUCGAUCAGUCUCCUGUUUUUGAUGACAUUAUUCAAGGUCGGGCUCCGAGGGUAGAGUAUGUGGUCAACGGACACAUGUAUAAUUUGGCGUACUACCUCACGGACGGUAUUUAUCCAAACUGGUUAACAUUUAUCCAAUCUAUCUCACUACCUCAAGGUCCUAAAGCAGAGUUAUUUGCUAAACUUCAAGAAUCAACCCGGAAAGAUGUGGAGCGGGCUUUUGGAGUUUUACAAGCUCGAUUUGCGAUUGUGAAAAACCCAGCUCUUUCAUGGGAUCAGCAACAGAUAGGGAUGACAAUGAGAGCAUGUUUUAUGAUCGAGAUCCCUGUAUAG